CCAAAAUAUAUAUCUUGUGUUCUCGACAAAAAAAUGCUUUCAAAGAUGAAAGUGAUAGCUCUCUUGUCGUUCUUGCUCAUUUUUCCAUUGUGUUCUUCAAAGAUUGGAGAGAGACAUGAAGAUGGAGUUCCUCACACCAUCCAAUAUUCAGUAAAGAUGGUUGAAGAAAGAAUCCCAAAAAUGAUGGAUUAUCCAGAAGGAGGCGCAAACCCAAGCCACGAUCAGAAAAUAAACGGUUGGGGUCGUCCUGUGCGACCACCGCCACCACAGAUGAAUGAGAUGAAUCAUAAGAAAAUAAAUGGUUGGGGUCGUCCUGUGCGACCACCACCACCGCAGAUGAAUGAGAUGAAUCAUCAGAAAAUAAACGGUUGGGGUCGUCCUGUGCGACCACCGCCACCGAAUCAUGAGACAACCAACAGUUGGAGUAUUCCACCACCACCAAAUCAUGAGACAACAAACAGUUGGAGUAUUCCACCACCGCCAAAUCAUGAGACAACCAACAGUUGGAGUAUUCCACCGCCACCGAAUCAUGAGACAACCAACAGUUGGAGUAUUCCUCCACCACCGAAUCAGAAAACCAACAGUUGGAGUAUUCCACCGCCACCGAAUCAUGAGACAACCAACAGUUGGAGUAUUCCACCGCCACCAAAUCAUGAGACAACCAACAGUUGGAGUAUUCCACCGCCACCAAAUCAUGAGACAACCAACAGUUGGAGUAUUCCACCGCCGCCCAAUCAUGAGACAACUAAUAGUUGGAGUAUUCCACCGCCGCCAAAUCAUGAGACAACCAACAGUUGGAGUAUUCCACCGCCACCGAAUCAGCAAAGAAUCAAUGGUUGGGGUCGUCCUGUGCGACCACCACCACCGCAGAUAAACUAUAAGAAUCAUGAUAACGAAGCAAAGAUUUAAAAGUAUGAAAUUAUAUGAUAUGUGUAACUGUCAAAAUAAUCAAAUUAUAUGAUAUAUGAUUUUAUUUC